UGAGUACAAGUACUUCCAGAGAAUGACUAGCACAUCCCAUGUGGAAGGUAAACAGAAUGCCCUAAUAAUGGGUAAAAAAACCUGGUUCUCCAUUCCUGAGAAGAAUCGUCCUUUAAAAGACAGAAUUAAUAUAGUGCUCAGCAGGGAGCUCAAGGAUACCCCAAAAGGAGCACAUUAUCUUUCCAAAAGUCUGGAUGAUGCUUUAGCUCUUUUGGAUUCACCAGAGUUAAAAAGUAAAGUAGACAUGGUUUGGAUCAUCGGAGGGACUUCAGUUUACAAGGCAGCAAUGGAGAAGCCAAUUAAUCAUCGAUUGUUUGUGACAAGAAUUUUGCAGGAAUUUGAAAGUGACACAUUUUUUCCAGAAAUCGACUACAAAGAUUACAAACUUCUCACUGACUACCCAGGUGUCCCUGCUGAUAUGCAAGAAGAGAAUGGCAUCCAGUACAAAUUUGAAGUGUAUGAAAAAGCUGUCUUGGCACAAUAAAUGAGGCUUUCUGUACUUCUGUGUAAGGGCAGGAUUUUUAAAUCAUGAAGUCUUAUUGAGUGCAAAUGCAUAUUAAAUUAUUGAGAGAAAAUCCUGCUUGAUAGUACAAUGCCUCAGUAAUGAAUGAUUCCAAAAAACACACCCCACACUCUGAAUAUACACCCUGCAGUGGAAAUAUGAAGGUGGUCAGCAGCGUGAAAGAGGUAGCCCUAAGGAAUACUGCAACUAAGGUUGCAUGAGACCUUGUAUUGAUCUUUACAAUCCAUGGCAGCACCCCUAACAAUUCCAUGAUUAAUGGAAGGCAUUAAACUGCGUCAGAACCUUUCUACCUAAACAAAGGUUUUGAGUAUCUCCUAACUCAAAACGUCCGACAUUGAGAAAGUGUCAAAACUCCUGAGUUUAACUGGGGUGGUAUAUACAUUUAUAACAAUCUUUAAAACAUACUGGUAUAGAGGAAAAGGUAAUCAAGUUUGAAAGCAUAACAAGAGAAAUGGAGUCUGGAAGUCUCAGGUAGCAGUUGAGGGAUACAUUGAUCCUUCAUGGAAGUCUUCUCUUGUCAUCUUAACCAUCCUGGGUACACAGCCUACUUCAAGCCUUUUGGCUGAAAACACUGACUUACAGAUUAAUCUGAUAAAGAAGUUUUAACAUUUCCAUUAACAUCACACCCAUGUAAAGGCUUGCUGCCCUUAUAAAAAGUUGCUAUGUCAGUUCGACCGUGGCCACUUUGCAGUAUAAGAACACAAACAUUGCUUUCUUAACAGAUUCUGUGUUCUUAUGUCCAUUCUCAGUGUUACCAAUGCAGAUGCAGAGUCUUAAUUUGUUGGUGUGAUUCUGAAUAUUCUGUGUUGCAUACAAAUAUGGAUUAUAAGCAGAUAGCGGGGUCCUGUUUCCUCUCUCAUUAAACAUAGCUAGUAUAAUAAUGUUUUGCGUUGCUAUUGCCUAAAAGUAGCGAGCAAUAUACUGGUGCUGUAGUAACACUGCGAUUGUAAUGGCGUAUAAUGCCAAGUGUUGACCAAAGUUUAUUAUUGCCAAUAUUAUCACAACAUUAUCAGUAAUAUUAGUCUGUUGCUAUGCUCUGACUGUGGGGGGUUUGUCAGAUGGCAGAGGACUUCAUAUAUGAAGUGUCAUGGAGAGGAGCGAGGAUGUACCGUGCCCAUCUAUGCUUCCUUGUGCUGCAGCUGCCACCCUGAGAGUGAUAGCCUACAAGGAGGGAGACCUGCCUCCCUUUCAUUGCAGAUCAGUCUGAGACAUGAAGAGCGAAAAAAAAAGGUUUUAAAAAAAAAAAAUCAACCCUCAAAAUUCUGCUGACUGUUUCCCCAAAGCAUUUUAAAAGCUUUGUCUUAUGGAGCAGUAUUGUGGGAGAUCCAAGAAAUAAUGCUUGUCCUUUAAUGUCACACUGAGGCCCGGU